CAAAAGAUCCAAAGCCGGCGAGAGAGAGAGAGAGAGAGAGAGAGAGGAAUCCGAUCUGAGAGAGAACCUCUGCAAUCUGAAUCUGCUCUCUCUCUACACUUGCAACAGAGGAGAGGAGGGGAGAGAGAGAGAGGUGUUGAAAUCUCUCUCUGGUAUUUGUGGUAAUUUGGAGAAGAUGGUGGGGGCAGCAGAGGAAGCGGAACUGAGGAGGUUGGAGAGCGAAGUUGAAAAUGGCGGGGGAGGGGCCUGGGACUAUCUCUGCCUCGUCAGGAAGCUCAAGUCCCGCCGCUCCGACAUGGUCCUCAAGUUUGGCCUCCCGAUCUUGAAAGACGCCAAGGCCCGAUCCAAGCUCGGCACCGAAGAAUGGACUCUUUAUGAGCAGGUGGCAGUUGCAGCUAUGGACUGCCAGCACCUUGAUGUGGCAAAGGAUUGCAUAAAAACUCUUCGGAAGAAAUUUCCAGAUAGUACAAGGGUUGGCAGGUUAGAAGGGAUGUUUCUAGAAGCAAAGGGAUCUUGGGCAGAUGCAGAGGCUGCUUACACACGCCUUCUGGAGGAUAACCCACUUGAUCAAGUAAUCCUCAAGAGGAAGGUUGCUAUGGCCAAGGCACAAGGAAAUAUGUCAGGUGCCAUUGAAUCGCUCAACAAAUAUCUGGAAAUAUUUAUGGCAGAUCAUGAUGCAUGGAGAGAACUUGCUGAAAUAUAUGUUUCCCUACAAAUGUAUAAGCAAGCAGCUUUUUGUUAUGAGGAGCUACUAUUAUGUCAGCCCACAGUUCCCCUGUAUCACCUAGCUUAUGCUGAGGUACUCUAUACUCUUGGUGGUCUAGAAAAUCUUCAGAAUGCUAAAAAGUACUAUGCAUCCACCAUCGACUUGAGUGGCGGCAAGAACACCAAAGCUCUUUUUGGUAUAUGCUUGUGUAGCUUUGCCAUCAAUCAGCUGUCGAGAGGACGGAACAAGGACGAGAAAGAGAGCUCGGAUCUGCAAUCUCUUGCAGCCACUGCUUUGGUGAAAGACUACAAGCAAAGGGCUCCUGGCAAACUCCCUCUAAUUACUGCCACCCUAAAGAACAUGAAACUCCUCUCAUGAUUCUCCUUUUUCAUGUUAUUCAUCAUCUGGUUACCUAUUUUUUUUUUCAAGAAAAAUUAGAAGAAUUUUUGUUUGGUGCUGAGGCCACUGCUAAAUCUUGACAGUUUUGGUGGGUUUCUCUCUAUAAUCCGGGUAUGGCUUUUUGUUCCCCAAAGCAUUUCUCAAGAACCAAAAAAUAUUGAAUUAGGUUUUACCUGAAUUAUUGGCAUGAAUUGUGAGUAUUCGGAGUUGGCAACUUUUCAUCCUUGGUUACCUGACACGAAAUUGUUGCACAUGGAAGACACUAUGAGACCCAGACUGUCCAUCCGAGGGGAACCCUCCUCAGAUGGCUCUUCCUCAAACAUCACUUUGGCUGGGCAAUCCCAACCCCUAGUUGAACUUUUGCCCAUUGAAUGUAGACCUUUGAUUUUGGGAUUUGCUUUCUCUUAUUGAACGUUUUAAUGGAUCUUUGAUUUGGUUUUGCUUUCUCA